AGCCGUCACCGAGGGCAGAAGGGUCACUUGCCCUCUACUGUUACUAAAAAUUUGAACUCAACAUUACACAACACAAAAGCACUUGUCACCCCACUCACUUUUCUCUCUCUAGCUCUCCGCCGGACAAUGCGAACCCAAACCCCCAUUUCCGCCGGAAUGUUCCAUCUGCUUGCCAUCGGUACGGCGGUCCUUUUCGCCGGAAUCCCCCUCGGAGUCUCCAAAUCCACCAUCGAACCCUGCUCGAGCGCCGCCCCCUGCUCCGCCCUCGUCGGGUACACUCUCUACACCGACCUCAAAGUCUCCGAGGUGGCGGCGCUCUUCAACGCCGACCCAAUCGCCCUCCUCCUCACCAACGCCAUCGACAUUUCGCCGCCGGGCGUCGAAAACCUGAUCCUCCCCAAGGGCGUCUUCCUCAAGGUCCCCGUGACGUGCUCUUGCAUCGACGGGAUCUUCAAAUCCGGCUCCGUCAAGUACACCACCCGGCUUUCCGACACUCCAGACUACAUCGCCGCCACCGUGUACUCCGGCCUCGUCUCCGGCGACCAGAUUAAGGAGGGAAACCCCAGGGCCAUCGGCUCCGACCCUUCUACCCUCGGCGUGGGAACUGAGCUCUGGAUUCCACUCCCCUGCACCUGCUUCAACGGAACUGACAACAACAUUCCGGCCAUUUUCAUGUCCUAUGUUGUCCAGGAAACAGACAGCCUACCCACAAUUGCCGGGAACUAUUCCACCACAGUCAAUGACCUCACCACUUACAAUAACCUUGGGACCAAUGAGACCGAAGCCGGGGAUGUUAUUGCCAUUCCCUUGCCGGCUUGUCCAUCAAACUUUCCACGAUACGCCUCGGAUUUUGCGUUAUCUGUGCCAAGUGGGAGUUAUUCCAUAACAGCAGGUCGCUGUGUGCAGUGCAGUUGUGGGCCCGACAGUCGCAAUUUGUGGUGUAUGCCCGCUUCGAUGGAGGUUUCUUGCACAAGCAUGCAAUGCAAAAACAGCAAUCUAAUGCUUGGGAAUGUUACUGCGCAGCAGACGCCCGGGGGUUGCAAUGUGACCUCUUGCAGUUAUGGUGGCUAUGUCAAUAACACCAUCGUCACUGUAUUAUCCUCAUCGCUGCAGCCUCGGUGCCCAGGGACACAACGAAUCCUCCCUCUUCUCCCACUUCCAUCAGAAGCUCCAAAGUCAUCAAUUUCUCCUUCGCCUGCCCCUCUAGUGGCUGGUGGUGCUCCGGCAGCCGCCACAACACCAUCCUCCCCAACUCCUUCAUCCUCCUCAGCAAUAGCAUUUCCACCCACAGCAAGUAGCCCCUCUGGGAUUUCUUCCUCUGCUCGCUCGCUCCAAGCCCAUUUGUCCAGACUCCAGAUUCCACUAUUGCUCGGGCUACUCGCCAAACGCGUGAUUUCUCUAUAAUGCCCUCAUUUCUUCCUGACUGUGUAAGUUUGUAGAAGGUGUUCGUCCAGAACUGUAUUGCCAUUGUUUCUUUGUGUUUGUUUGUUCCUUUUUUUUGGGAGGAGUCUCUUAGUGUGUUUGCUUUUUUCAUUGGUUAGGGGUAUUUGUUUUUCUAGUAGGGUUUUAGAUGAACCAAACUGAGCCCAGGGUUGAGGUAUUCAUCUCUUGUUCAUUGUAUUUUUAAUUUUUUUUGGGUGUGUUUGAUUGGUAUCAGUUCAUGUUCCUGAAGAAGUUUGAAUUACUGUUAAGGG